GAAGAGCUCGAGCUUUACCCGCGGAGAACACCGGAAGUUUGACAACACGGACAGACUUUCAUAAUAAUCGAGAUUUAGGAUUUUAUGCUGAUGGAUUUCGGGAAGGAGCGAGUGGUCGCGCUGGUGGACAUGGACUGCUUUUAUGUGCAGGUAGAGCAGAGACUGAAGCCCGAGCUGAAGAACAAACCCUGCGUUGUGGCUCAAUACAAGACAUGGAAAGGCGGAGGCAUUAUAGCGGUGAGUUACGAGGCCAGAGCUCACGGCGUCAGCAGGAACAUGUUUGCGGAUGAUGCCAGAAAGCUGUGUCCUGAUCUGCAGGUGGCUCGGGUCCCAGAGGCUCACGGGAAGGCGGAUCUCACACACUACAGGGAGGCGAGUGUGGAGGUGAUCGAGGUGAUGUCCCGCUUCGCUGUGAUCGAGAGAGCCAGCAUUGACGAGGCGUAUAUGGACCUGACGGCCAGCGUUCAGGAGCGCCUGAAGAACACGAGUGUGCAGGACAUCACAGCGCAGCAGCUGAAGAACACACACAUUCAGGGCUUUCCCACACAGCAGGAGAACGCACACCUGGACAGAGAUGCGCAGCGGGCCGCAGGUCUGCAGCAGUGGCUGGAUCUUCUGUCCUCCGGCACUGAAUCUUCAUCAGCGGAUCUGCAUCUGGCCGUCGGGGCUCUGAUAGUGGAGCAGAUGAGGGCCGCUGUGGAGGAGCACACCGGGUUUCGCUGCUCUGCUGGCAUCUCACACAACAAGGUGUUGGCCAAACUGGCAUGCGGACUAAACAAACCCAAUCGCCAAACCGUGUUGCCACUGGGCUCCGUUCCUCAACUCUUCAGCACUCUUCCCAUCAGCAAAAUUCGCAAUCUGGGAGGGAAGCUGGGGUCAUCCAUUACUGAGACUCUGGCUGUGGAAAACAUGGGAGAUCUGACCCAGUUCAGCAGAGCCCAGCUGGAGCAGCACUUCGGGGACAAGACCGGACCGUGGCUCUAUGAUCUGUGUCGAGGGAUUGAGUUUGAGCCGGUGAAGCCUCGUCAGCUGCCCAAAUCCAUCGGCUGCAGCAAGAACUUCUCCGGGAAAACCUGCCUGCGCACAAAACAACAGGUUCAGCACUGGCUCCAUCAGCUGGCUCUAGAGUUAGAGGAGAGACUCAAUAAAGACAGAGAUGUGAACGGUCGAGUGGCCCGGCAGCUGACGGUGGGUGUGCGUCAGGCUGGAGGUCAAAGGUCAGGCAGUUUCUCGCGCUGCUGUGCUCUUGUGCGCUAUGAUGCGGUGAAGAUGACCAAUGACAGUCUGGCCAUCAUCAAGAGCCUGAACACUGCUGGAGCAUAUCAGGAGGCCUGGUCUCCAGCGCUCACUCUUCUCCAUCUGUCUGCCAGUAAGUUCAGCGACGCUCCUUCAUCCUCAUCUGCAGGAAUAACGAGCUUCCUGAGCAGCGACGCGGCUUCAUCUCCAUCACAGAGCUCCAGAAGCCAGCGGGCCCCGAUGGAGAGAUCAGCGCAGAAGAGGAAACGACAGCAGGAGAGCCCCACCAGUGGCCGAGCAGCGCUGAAGACUGCAGGAAUCUCCACGUUCUUCCAGAAAAAGAGCCUGGAGAAAGAGGAGAUCCCAAACAUUCGCUUUGAUGAUGCAGAGCAGAUUGAAGACAAGAACAUCUGUGCUUCAGGAGAAAAUGCAUCUAGAGAAGGAAUCUCCAUGCUUUUCCAGGAAAAGAGUCCAGAAAAUCAGGAGAUCCAGAGCUUUGGCUUUGAUGAAGAUCAGUUUGGAGAUCAGAGUGUUUGUGCUUCAGGAGAAAAUCCAUCUACAGAUAAAACUGCUCAGAAAACCACAGGAAUCUCCGGAUUUUUCCAGAAAAAGAGCCUGGAGAAACACCACAUCCCCUCUCUCUGUGCUGAAGAUCCGAGCAUUCGGGCUUCAGAAGAAAGCCCAUCUAGAAACCAAAGAUCUGAUGCAAACCCUGCAGGAAUCUCCUGGUUUUUCCAGAAAAGGAGCCUGGAGAAACAGGAGAUCCAGAACUCUGCCUGCACUGGAGAUCCUAACACUCGUGCUCCAGCAGAAUCCAGAGAGCAAACAUCUGAUGCAAACGCUGCAGGAGUGUCCGGAUUUUUCCGGAGCGAGCGUGCGGAGGCUGUGGCUCCCGCAGAUGAGCGCGUGUGUUCUCCAGCAGAGGAGGAUCUGCAGGUCUGCGAGCGCUGCGGGAUGAAGGUGCUGGUGUGGGAGUUUCCAGAACACACUGAUUAUCACUUCGCUCUGGACCUGCAGAAAUCUUUCUCUUCGGGGUCUCCGAGCCAAUUAAAGAGCCAGAGCGGCUCACAGGCUAAAAGAGCCCGAGUUCAGGAAAACCGCGGCACGCUCCACUGCUUCUUCAAGAAGACCUGAAGAUCUUCUCUGCACUUCUACAUCCUCAGGUUUGAGCCUUUUGUGUUGCUGACAGAAUAAAUAUCAAGCUGUUGUACAGAAUUGGGCUGCAGAAGCCAAUUUUACUCUUCUUUAGUCACCAAAACAUCAUCAUCUACACUUUAUUGGUCACAAGAGUCUCUUUUGUCUGUCGAAGACUAAAGAAGAUAUUUUGAAGAAUGUUGGAAGUCUGUAACCAUUGACUUCUGUAGUAUUUGUUUUUACUACUGUGGAGAUUUAAGUUGAUUUAUAAAGCACUUUUUCUCACAAAAACAGGUUAAUCAUCAGAUAAAAGCUAAAUAAUAAUAAUAAUAAAAAACAUGUAGAAAUAUCAUCAG